GGCGGGGAGCGGCGGAGGGAGGAGGCAGAGCUGGCCGCCGCAGUUUGCCGCCGCUGCUGGGCGCCUAGGCAGAGAGCUCCCCGGGGUUCGUGCGGCCGCCAUGGACGAGCAGGCGGGGCCCGGCGUCUUCUUCAGCAACAACCACCCGGGAGCUGGCGGUGCUAAGGGGCUCGGGCCUCUGGCGGAGGCUGCAGCGGCCGGAGACGGAGCGGCUGCGGCGGGGGCGGCCCGAGCUCAGUACAGCCUCCCGGGGAUCUUGCACUUCCUGCAGCACGAAUGGGCCCGCUUCGAGGUGGAGAGAGCCCAGUGGGAGGUGGAGCGGGCGGAGCUGCAGGCUCAGAUUGCUUUCCUUCAGGGGGAGAGGAAAGGACAAGAAAAUUUGAAGAAAGAUCUUGUGAGGAGGAUCAAAAUGCUGGAAUAUGCUUUGAAGCAGGAAAGAGCCAAAUACCACAAGUUGAAAUAUGGGACAGAACUGAAUCAGGGAGACAUGAAGCCUCCAAGCUAUGAUUCUGAUGAAGGUAAUGAAACAGAGGUGCAGCCACAGCAAAACAGCCAGUUAAUGUGGAAGCAAGGCCGGCAGCUACUCAGGCAGUAUCUCCAGGAGGUCGGCUACACAGAUACUAUUCUAGACGUGAAAUCCAAGCGUGUGCGGGCAUUGUUGGGCUUUUCAAGUGAUGUCACUGACAGGGAGGAUGACAAAAACCAGGACUCAGUGAUAAAUGGCACAGAGGCCGAAGUUAAAGAGACAGCAAUGAUUGGAAAAUCCGAGUUAACAGAUUCUGCCUCUGUGCUGGACAAUUUCAAAUUCCUUGAAAAUGCAGCUGCAGAUUUCAGUGAUGAAGANGAGGACGAGGACACUGAUGGAAGAGCGAAGAGUGUCAUUGAUACUUCCACAAUUGUUAGGAAAAAAGCAUUGCCUGAUACCAGUGAAGAUCGAGACACAAAAGAAGCUCUGAAGGAGUUUGACUUUCUUGUCACAUCAGAGGAAGGAGACAACGAAUCUAGAAGCGCAGGCGAUGGAACNGACUGGGAAAAGGAAGAUCAGUGCCUCACGCCUGAAGCCUGGAAUGUGGACCAGGGAGUGAUCUCCAAACUGAAGGAGCAGUACAAAAAGGAGAGGAAGGGGAAGAAGGGGGUGAAGAGGCCCAAUAGGUCAAAACUACAAGAUAUGCUUGCUAAUUUGAGAGACGUUGAUGAACUUCCCUCCUUGCAGCCAUCUGUUGGCUCCCCUUCCAGACCCAGCAGCUCCAGGCUUCCUGAACAGGAGCUCAGUAGGGCAGAUGAAGUGGAAGCACUGACAUUUCCUCCUUCUUCUGGGAAGUCAUUUAUCAUGGGAGCAGACGAAGCCCUUGAGAGCGAGCUGGGGCUUGGAGAAUUAGCAGGCCUUACGGUGGCCAAUGAAGCAGACUCACUAGCUUAUGAUGUAAGUAGCAGCUCUGUUUGUUACACCAUUAAUCUGUUUGAAAAUUUAAUNGUUGAGUUUGUAGAAGAUGGCAGAGGAAAAAUUGAUAUUAUGUUUCCUAUUCUAUUUCCAAAGCUUCUGAGUGACAUGAGGACAGAGAAGUACACCUACAGAUCUCUGUCCCAUGAUGUAGGAAAUCUACAGGUCUACANGUUCAAGCAUAGACGUACUAACCUUCAUGAAAACNCGGGGAAGUCACGCCAUUCACUGCUGAAGUGUGGAGUGUUUACACUUGUCUUCUUUCUCCAAUUUAGGAGUACUUCUCUAGAUGUGGAGCCCAUCUAUACAUUCAGGGCUCACAAAGGUCCGGUGCUGUGUGUGGUCAUGAGUAGCAAUGGUGAGCAGUGCUACAGCGGGGGAACUGAUGGUCUGAUCCAGAGCUGGAGCACCACCAAUCCCAACGUCGAUCCCUACGAUGCUUAUGAUCCUUCGGUUCUAAGAGGCCCUCUGCUGGGCCACACAGACGCGGUGUGGGGGCUGGCCUAUAGUGCGGCACACCAGCGCUUGCUCUCCUGCUCAGCAGACGGCACUCUUCGCUUAUGGAACACAACUGAGGUUGCUCCAGCACUGAGUGUAUUUAAUGAUAACCAAGAACUGGGAAUCCCUGCCUCUGUGGAUCUGGUGAGCAGCGACCCGAGCCAUAUGGUAGCAUCGUUCAGCAAGGGAUAUACAAGCAUCUUUAACAUGGAAACACAGCAGCGAAUUCUCACAUUAGAAUCCAAUGUUGAUUCAACAUCCAGUUCUUCCUGCCAAAUAAACAGAGUUAUCAGUCAUCCUACCCUCCCAAUCAGCAUCACCGCUCANGAAGACAGGCACAUCAAGUUCUACGAUAACAAUACAGGCAAACUGAUCCACUCGAUGGUGGCCCACCUGGAAGCUGUGACAAGCCUGGCAGUUGACCCGAAUGGCCUCUACUUGAUGUCUGGCAGUCAUGACUGUUCAAUACGCUUAUGGAAUUUAGAAAGUAAGACAUGUAUCCAGGAGUUCACAGCUCAUCGGAAGAAAUUUGAAGAAUCGAUCCAUGAUGUAGCGUUCCACCCUUCCAAAUGCUAUAUAGCCAGCGCUGGAGCUGACGCCCUGGCUAAGGUCUUUGUAUGAUGUGGCACAGCAGCUUCACCUUGUAGCUCUUUAUAAAAGUCAACUGCACAACAGAGAUACGGAAGACCAGGGCAAGAAUCAGCUCGCCCUGCCCUUUUGUUCUGCUGAGGGAGCACAGAGAACUCUGUUAAAGUAUAGUUUUGCAAUUCGUAUACUGUUUUCUAAAAUUAAGGUUUGUUCAGGUUGCUGCAAGCUCAGCCAAACCUGUGAGCCUGAAACUUUGAGAUUUCCCUCCAAAGAGGCACUUUUGUUUCUGACGUUGUUGUCAUUCGCUAGGCAGGCCUGAGCGGGACAGGGUCAGCUUCUUCUCCCUUUUAAGUAAACAGGGCAUGCUGUCAUGAAUAAUUAGAGUUGAGCGCCGGGAACGAGUAGAGUGGAAACCUAACUGUACUUCCUGCCACCCGGAGACAUCUACUAGACACUAGGUAGUCCGUUGUACAGCUGUUUCUGCUCCACUAACCCCAGUGUGCAGAACGACCAGUCAGUGUUCAAGUGAGUUCCUACCACAGCUGUCCUUUCAGCCGUUCUCAUAAAGCACAUGGCAAAACAUUUCACCUGCUAGGAGGAAACGAUGCAAUAAUGUUAAGUGUAUUACUAUUCAGAAAUGCUAAACAAAUACUUAAUUUGCAAGCAGAUUUCUAUAUUGUAUUACAGUUUUGAAAGUAGAUGUGGAAGCAUUCUAAAGUGUAACUGUGAAGCACUCACAGUCAAGAGUGGGUAAUAGANCCUGCUUUACUAAAGGUUUGAACUCAUCCAGNUUUGAGAUCCUGUUUAUUUUUAAGGGCAAACAGGGCAUAUUUCUAUAAUUUGUCUAAAAAUUCACCUCAUUAAUGUGGCAUUUAUAGUACUAGCGUGAUCAUUUCAUACUGAUAAACUUACUUCCUAGUGAUUCUGAAAAUGGGGGAAACUAUUUAUUAGCAUCCAUUUCCCAACACCCACAUAACUGGUUCAAGUGAGCCUUGCUGUUCUUCCCUGCUUUUCAUGGUCAUGUUGUCUGAUGCUUACCAUGAAGUGUCUAUAACUGGUCUGUCAUGUAGUCCAAAGCAUGUGGUCACCGCAGGCAGCUGCUUUUGCAGCCACGCCUAGUAGAGUAGUGCACCCCAGAAAGUCCUCUACUAGUGUCUCGGGAAAGAACUCUGUAGACAUCUAGAUGGAGAUGUUAGUGCCCGUGAUGUCUACAAAGUUCUUUCUUCUCCCCUCUCCCCAUUGUUUAAUUGGAAUGUUUUAAUGAACAGUUGAUCAAUACUCUAUCUAGAGAAAACCAUGUCUUAAAAUGCCAGCUCUCGCAUUUAUCUGUGAGCUGAAUGUGGUCAGCUUUUGGGAGUCUCAGAAUCCUACUGACACACCUAGGGCAGUCUUCACACCCUUCACACCCUCUCUGCUUUUGUCCUAAAUGACAGAGACCACUAUAAAUACUAAAUUCAAAUUAAUCUCCACCUUUUUACCAAAAUGUGUCCAUCAUAGGCUCUCUGUCUUAAAAAUAUUAUACCCAUAGAUAUUAUGACCCAUUAAACUAAUUCCAUUGCCAUAGCCGUGGCUUUUCUGGUGAACUGUUCUUUGAAGUAGGAUUCUAAUGGUGAUGUGGCUAAUAAUUGACUUCUUAAAAAUUUCUGCUCAUCUAUCUUUAGAAUUCUCCAGUGCAGGCAAACUUUUCUUACAUUAUAAGACUCGGGUUGAACGUCCCUGAUUACUCUAUAGACAUGCUGUAGUAUUUAGCACAACUACAGUUUAUCUUUGUGCUUUGGUUAACAAGCAGGCUUAAGAGAUUCAUUGGUAUAUGCAAGUGAAUUGAGUUACACAUAACUACCAAGGAAAGCUCACAUUUUCAUGUAUAGAGUUUUAUGCUGUGACAGGUAAACUCUUCCAUACUUUGUAAAGUGAACAAAAGGAUUUAUUAACAUUUGUAGAAUAUUAGAAGAUUCCAGUCAGAAGUGGCAUAUUUAUGAUGGCUGAGCACAGUUACUGCAGUCUUCAGUGUAUGUCUUACUCUUGUCAUCAACACUCCAGAACCCAGGAGAGUCUGCCCUGUUCAUUCUGUGCCUCGUAAUUGAGGUUUUCCUGUUAGUGGGUGGGACACAACCUUAAGAUAAGCAAAGUGUAGUACAAAUGACAGAACUGUUGAAAGUUGUUUAGGAAGUAUGUUUUGUGCCAUUGAAGACUGCAUGGAGAAAGAGAGCCUUCUAAACUAGCCCUGUUUGCUGUCAACCUAGAAAUGAGCCAACUGUCUUCCAACUGGAUGGUAGCAUGGACAUGUGUUUGACUUUCCCCAUCCUAUUGAAAAAUCACAAGAUGAACAGUUUCAAGAUUCAAAACCCUUGAAAUACUUUCAUGGUUAUUUAGCAGAUUGUAAAUGUUUUGAGUGAGCUGUUUUGGAAUAAUAUGAAAAUCAGCAGGUAGGUUAGGUCCCUGCCUUAUUUUCAGUGCUGUGGAUGUGUCUCCGGGAGCUUACAGUACUUCUCAAAAUGCAGCUGUCACUUGGAGCUCAUUUGCUACUCAAACCAUAGACAAAUAAGUGAUGGAAUGACCUUCAGUAUUUUUCUAUUGAACAAAGUUACCAAUUUUUGCCAUUAAACAGAUAAUUAGUUAUGCAAAGUAUUUAGCUUUUGUAAUCAUUUAGUUGUAACUAAAAGGGGGAGAUUGAACUGUUUCACUGAUAAUGAACUUGGUGAGAAAUUAUUUGUUUAUCUGACUUCCAUUCCUUCAGUAUUCUUGCUAUAAAUUUCUUUUGGAGAUAAUGAUUCUUUAUUUGAAAGAUGUCUAAAAUGUAUGUAUAUUUUAUAAAUAUAUAUUAUAUAUAUUAUAGGGAUAUAUAUAAUAUAUAGACGAUAUAUAUCUAUCUAAACCAUGGGUGCAUUUUACUGUUUGUGUCUUCACUUUGGGAGGUAGUAUACUCAUAAGUUGAUGAGCCUGACGAGUGUUGUGCUGUUUGCUUUUACAGUAUAAUAUAUAGUUCCAAGUGUUUAAAUACUGUACAUACUAUAUUCAUUAUAGGCUAGCAUGCUUGUUUUAAAGACUGUCAUUCUAGUUUAUUAAAAUCUGAAUGUAAGAAAACCUGGCUAUUCAAAUGUGAAUUGAAAAAUUCCAUUCUCAGAACUGAACUGUUUCCAUUGAACAUUCAAGCUUUUUGACAAAAUGUGUCAUCGAGAAGGCAAUAGCUAGAAAGUGAGAGGUGCCUUUAAAAAAAACCUACAAACGCAGCCUUACAGUGAGGGUGAAGACUGAAUCUGUGUCGGGGUGGGGGGGAAGAGAGAGUGUGAGAGAUUGUGUGUGUGUGUGUGUGUGUCUGUGUGUGUGCGCCAGUCUGUGGAGACCCUGACUGUGAUUGUCAGUGUCGUUCAAUGUAUCUUUUCAACUUCCAGGACUUGAGGGGGCAUUUCUGCACAGCCAUGCUCCUCGGAGCACUUUGUGUGCUUUCCAACAGUGUGGAAUGUGAACUCCUAGAAAAUUCAGUAAGGAAUAAAUAGCUGUCUUUUUUUUUUUUUUUUCAGUUAAAAUCAAUUUCAGGUAACAAAUUAUUGGUUCCCCAGAAUUAUGGGAUUCUCGUUGAUAUUGUAAUUUUUUACAGCUUGACUUUAUAGUGCUUCAUGUGUCUCCCCCGUUCACAAGAGUGUGGCAUAAAGCUCUCAGAUGACGAGGAAUGAACUAGUAAACUUGCUUUUAGAUGAAACACUUGAACUAACUAAACUCCACCUAACAGUAGUCUUGAAGAAUUGAAAUGGCCUCUCUCAUAUCUACCUCACUGUCAUUGCCGCCAUUCUACGUAGAACAGCCCUGUCUGGCAUUAAAGAUGAUGGUUGAUGCAACUUAAACAUCUGCUGGUGCUUUCUUCAGGCUUGGUCAUCUCAGCUGUACAUCACAAGCAGCCUGUAACAUGUAGUUACAUGUAACAUGUAGGGUUAGUUUUAGGGGUUUUUUGCCUGUUUAACUUCUUUGUUUUUCCUAAGGAUGGCUUUAAAAUACCAUCAGUGUUCCUUUUUGGAGGGAGUUACUUCCCAGUUGUUAUGUCUGUGGGAUAUUUUUAUCCAAGAAUCAAAUUGUUACUGAAUUUCCCUGAAACUCCAGGCAUAGUAGCACACUCUUAUAUAAUCCUACUUGAGAGGUGAAGGCAAGAGAAUCAAGGACAAGGUUAAGGUCGUCCUCGGCUGUAUAAGGAGUUCAAGGCCAGCCUGGGCUACGUGAGCCCUUGUCUCAAUACAACAAAAAGUAUCAUUUUAUUUGGCUUACUUUAUUCUUUGAAAGGUAUUUCAACCCUCUUAGGUAUACAAUUAUUCACUUUAUUGACUUAGAAAAUGCCUCUAUGUUACUGCCAUGUUUAUAUUACAGUACUUAGGAUGUUUAUAGACACUGGGAUUCUGGUGGCAGAAAAGUAGUAUCUGAUGAAGUGUGUGUGUGUGUGU